UCUCAGGUAGAAAUAGCUUCUCAGAAAAUGCUUAUAGUUUUACUUGUAUAAAAGCUAUAUUGGAAUUCGAUAUCACAUUUUGUAGAGGACUGUCUGCUCUACAAAACUAACAUAUUCAACCGUCUUUAGCAUCUUCACACAUGACUCACGGGAGAGGCAAAUGCCGAUGUGCUUCAUUAACCAAUCCAAUUUUCUGGCAUGUUCAAAGAUUGUCUCACUACUACAAAUAAAAAAAAUUUGAGUCCAUAUUCAGAAAGAGCAGAAAAUUCUGAUCAUAGCCUGUAGUUUUCAUUCGUCUACAAUACUUUUAUAUAGACCAAAAAUAAAGCAAACAUUGCUCAGAAGCUUCGACUCAAUCAUUUUGUUCAGACUAUUUUUUUAUGCCUUUCAAAGAUUUGCAUACUUCUCCCUUAUAAAAAUAGACACAGAAUUUCUGAACUCAUAUUCGGAAAGAGCAUUAAAUUCUGAUUCUGAUCUACCUUUUUCCAUUUAUCUAGAAUACUUUCGAGGUGGUGAAAAAUAGACAAACAUUUUGUCUCGAAACUUUCGGUCCACCCAUUAGUUCUAGUCACAAAAUUUGUGUUCAUUUUCUCAAACUAGAAAAAGCACCCCGAAGUUGCCACAUUUUUUCUUUAAAAGCAAAAAUAUUUCUUUUAACGAAUGGAAUAGUUGAGUGUUUUGUUUUACUUUCAUUGUCUGAAAGAUAUAUCUUGAACUAGAGAAUCUCGUGCUCUUCACUGUCUUUUGUACUUUUUUUUCAGGCAAUUGGCAGUGGGUAGAUGGUAGUUUCUUACUUUCAUCAUCGAUGAAUUUGUUUUGUACAAAUGGUUCCAUCAAUCGAUUUGAUACUAUUUUUCGGACUAAUAUGAAUUGUGGAAUCUAUCGUAUGGAUUCAUGUUUAGCUCGUUAUACAUGUCAACGAGCUGAUAUUAAUUUUAUUUGUGAAAAAAGUAAGAUAUUUAUUUUUAAUUUUAUUUUCUAAAAUAUUAUUUUGUGUUUUCUUUUCUUUAUUUAUAGUUUAAUAAAUGCAUGGGUUCUUUUUCAAUACUUUAAAAUAAAAAAGACACUUGACUAUUAGAAGUAAUUGAUUUUUUUUAUUGAUUUUAUUUUAGAUGAGUUCUGAUUUACCUGAUCUAACAAAAUUUCUUCAUGAUGAAACAAAAAAUAAACUUGUUAUUUAUGAAUUAGAAUUCAAUAAAAUAGAUGAUCCAAAUGAAAAACUUCGUGAUCACGCUAAAUCCCAAGGACAAUGUGCAUGUAGAUUAUGGUUAAUUUUAUUUUUAGUAAAUUUUGCCAUAAUAACUAUCAUUAUGUUCUUACUUCUUUUACUUUUAAUUGAAGUUGGGCCUGUGCCUCCGUAUCAAACCUAUGGUAAACAAUGUGUUAGCGCUAAAUGUGAUUCAUCGAAAGGAUUAGUAUGUACAGAUAUAAGUAAAUCCAAAACAUGCCGAUGUCCAUCCGGCAAUUGGUUUUGGUAUAAUAAUACAAAAUGUCGUGAAUGUCCACCUAAUUGGAUUGUUGGUAAUAAUAGUACUGGUUGUUAUCUAGUAUCAUCUACAGAUUUAACUUUUACUGAUGCUAAUCAAUGGUGUAUAACAAGUGAAAGUCGACUUAUUGAAAUCUUGAAUGAAAAUAUAUUUCGUACAUUACAAUCCAUAAAAGAUUUUAGUUUUAAUGUAACUAAAACUUAUUGGAUUGGUUUACGUGAAACUGGUUCCAAUACAAAUAUUUAUCGUUGGAUUACAACAGCAUUAACAUUUUCUAAUUCAAAUUAUUUUUGUUCAGGUCAACCAGCUCAUAUAUAUAAUUAUUAUUUUCAAGAAUAUGAUCAAUGUAUUGGUUUAUAUAUUCAAUCAAAUACUUCAUCAUGUUUACGUGAUUCAACAUGUUCGAAUGUAUUACCAUUUAUAUGUGAAUUAUAUUAA